AUGUGCUACAAUUGUGGCCAACCGUUCAACGGGCGUCAUCGUCGUUAUUGUCCGGCAAUUGAUGUGGUUUGUGCUGGAUGCGGUCGGCGUGGUCAUUUCAGGAAGUACUGCAAGGCAACGAAAUACGAUAACAAGAACAGCAACCAAACUGGCAAUAACAGAGGCAGUAACCAGACUAUAUCAGCGCCAUCGUCGAGCACAUCGAAGUAUGAUGCGAAGCAAAGAGAUAAUGUACACAUGUUAAACUGGACCGAUGCAGAUAAUCUUUGUGCAGUGCCCUUAAUUAAUAGACAGAGCGGAUGUAGAGCAUUAAGUGGAUCCAACUCUUAUCAUAGAAUAAAUUCGAAUACUACGUCAAAUAGGGGAUCACACGAAAAAUGGACCAAGCGAUAUCUAAUCCAGGACCGGCCCGUGGAAUUUAAGCUCGAUACUGGCGCUGACGUGAACUGCAUACCAUUAAGUGUUGUUACCCAAAUGAAUAUUCCAGUUGCAAAUAAACGGUACUUUAACGUGGUAGAUUACAGCUCAAACGAAAUAAAAAUUCAUGGCCAGGUAAAACUAGAGUGUGUAGAUGAUAGUAAAGGAACAAUUCAUUCUGCUGAGUUCCUCGUUGUGGACGAUUCUUUUGAGCCGUUACUGGGGCUUGGGUCAUGUAUUGCCUUCGGGCUUAUAGGACGUUUGAAUAGCCUUCAGUCCUCAAUGUCAUUUCCUGCUGAAAGAGAAAAGUUCAUUGAAGCUAAUUCCGAUGUUUUUGAAGGAUUAGGAAAGCUUCCAGGUACUUGUACUAUUGUACUUAAAGACAAUGUUGUUCCGUCUUUACAUUACAAAAAACGUAUCCCAAUGAGUUUGCAUGAACGCCUUAAAACGGAACCUGGCACUAUGGAAGCUCAGGGCAUUAUCAGUCCGGUCGAUUAUCCAACAGAUUGGGUUAACAAUAUGCAGAUUGUAGAAAAGCCUAACGGUACUUUACGCAUUUGUCUGGAUCCAAAACGCCUAAAUGCUUGUAUCAAGAGAGAGCAUUAUCUUAUCCCAAAGUCUGAGGAUCUGCUUAGCCGUAUGUCAGGAAAACGUGUAUUCACUGUGUUGGAUCUUCGUAAUGGUUUUUGGCACAUGGAAUUGGAUCGACAAAGUUCGGAUCUAACUACAUUCAUGACCCCGUUUGGCCGGUUUCGCUGGAAUCGUCUUCCAUUUGGAAUAAGCAGCGCGCCAGAACUUUUUCAAAAACGCAUGGUUCAAUUGUUUGGGGAUAUUCCUGGGGUAGAAGUAUACUUCGACGAUGUUGCUAUAGCUGUAAAGAAUCUGGAAGAACAUGACAAAACGUUAGCUAUUGUUCUCGAGCGGGCGAGGAAAAAUAAUAUAAAGUUCAACUCAGUUAAAACACAAUACAGAUCUGACACUGUCAAGUUCAUGGGUCAUGUGAUGUUUGACGAACAACGUCAGCAUCGUACUUUCCAGACAGAUUUGCUUUUACUGAACUAA